AUUAUAACAAUUUUUUUUGUAUUAAAAAUUCCCCGUAAUAACCUCCAUAUCUAUGAGGUAUUGUGCAGUUCCAAAGGAAGCCACCAGGAGUGCUACAGCUCUCUUCCCAUUCUUCGCCAAGUUUUCAGAGAAGAUACAUCUCUUCAUAUUUUUAGAUCAUUACACCUAUUAAAUAAAUAUGGAGGAAGAAUUAUUUAAAAAAAAGUUUGAGGAUUUGAGUGAGGAAGAGAAAACGGAACAUCCUUUACUCUUCAUUGAUGAUAAUAAUACCUUAUCAAAUGAGGAUUAUAAUGAAGAAGAAAAAUUAAAGUGUGAUGAGGGAGAUUGUAAAUAUGAUAAAGUUAAAGCUAUUGAAGGGGCUUUUGAUGAACUAUCAAAUGCACGUCAGAAGUCUGAUAAUGGACCUAACCAAAUGAGUGGAACUUUUGGCGAUUCUGUUGGGGAGAACAUUGAAAAGCUCUUCGAAGAAAAUUUAUCUUUGAUUAAAGCAAAUACUUCAAUUUCAAUGGAAGAAGAGAUAAGUGAUAUAAUAGAAAUAUCUGAUAAUGAAAGCAGCAAAUUAGAUGAAGCUGACUCAGUGAGAGAUUAUAAGAAUUCAUUUGAAGCCAUUGCAGAAGUGUAUUCCAUAUCAUCAGAUGUUCCUGAAACUAAAGAAAGAAGAUCCGAAGGCCUCCAAGUAAGGUGGGAGAAAACACAAUCUCUUGUGAUCCCAAAUCACAGCACUCCAAAUAUUGGAGAAGAGAUGCCUCACUCAAAUACUGGUGAUAAGAGUGGUGUUGAAAAAAAUUAUGGGGCUAGGGCCAGGCCUUCUCGCUUGUCAAUGUUUCUCAAUGAAAGGAAUGAACUAUCGGCUGAUAGAACUAAAUAUACAAGUGAGGAUUAUAAUAAAAUAACUGUGAAGAGAAAUUUGUCACAGGUGGGAUCAAAACUUUUGCAUUCAAAUGAUGAUCCUGAUGAAAUAAAGAAAAUAGAAUCAGAUGAUGAAGAAAAUAAAUUUGAUGAGGCAGUUGGAGGUUCUGUUGAUGGACAAUAUAGGAGCCAGAAAUCUGCCCGUAAAGUUAAAGGAAAGAGUUUAUUAAAGAGCCAGGUGAGAUGGGGAUCUGCAAAAUUUCUCACCCCUGAUCCGUCUGCUUCAAAGCUGAAAUCUAAAUGCCAGUCUGCGUCUGAUUCAAAGCAGGAUAAGAAAAAUAAGGAAGGAAAAACUAAAAAAUCUCGUUUUUCAUGCUUCAUUCGUUGUUUCAAACCAAAAAAUAUACACAAUGACGAAAACGAUCCAGAUGAUCAUGAUGAUGCACAUAAUAUAACUUCAAUGCCUAGGGCUGCAAUCCGUGGGCUCAUUAGUGGUCGAUAUUAAUCCCCUUGCUCUCAGAGAUUCAAAUUUGGAUGAUCCUCUCAUUGUUCCCAUGAUUACCUAUACUUUAAUAAUAUAUGUUAUAAUGUAAUUUUUUGUAUGGAGUAUAUUUUUGUAAAAUGUAAAACAUUACUUACCAGCUAAUAUGCUAAUAACAUUAAUACC